AUGCAAGGACUAUUGAAAUUUACCAAAUUCCAACCACUAUACAGUUCAGGAUACUCAAAAGCGAGAUCGUUGGUACAACCAUUACAACUUUUGAUUCAGAGACGAAAAUUCAGCAUGAGCAAUUUAGUUGGAAAGCAAGGAAAAGGCGUACAAGGCCGACAAUACGAAUUGGAUUUUGACCGCACUACCGUCGCUAAGAAUGGAACAAAAACAGAAGCCAAAGUGCUGGGUACUGCAUUUAAUGUUCUUUUAGUUCGAGCAAAAAACCAAUACUUUGCUACUGCUGGAAAAUGUUCACAUUAUGGUGCUCCUUUGGUCAACGGCGCUGUGACUUCGAACGGUAGAAUCGUGUGCCCUUGGCACGGUGCUUGCUUCGACAGUGCAACAGGAGACGUCGAAGAUUCACCAGCCAUUGCAGGGUUACGUACGUUUCCAAUUUCGUCGGCGGAAGAUGGCCGUCUUUUCAUUGAGGUGGAAGAUCAGGGCGAUGGUGGUUCCAAGUUUUUGCAGCCCGCGGGUUGUUGGAGAAACAAGGCCGCCGAGGUUUACGAAAAAGGAAGCGUCCAAACUCAAGCCGCUGCUCCCCACGUAUGCAUUGUAGGCGGGGGCAAAGGAGCUUCUGUAGCUGCAGAGUACCUGCGUGAACGUAACUAUAAAGGAAGAAUCACCGUUCUCACCCGUGAAGAUGUGACUCCCUAUGACAGACCCAAACUGUCGAAAACGUUACUUCAUGACCAUUCGAAAAUUGCUUUACGUUCCAAAGAAUAUUAUGAUGACCUAGACAUUGAAUUCCGUUUCAAGUCUAAUGUAAACAAAAUAGAUCCUAAGGCAAAAACUGUCCACUUUGGAGAAAACGAAUCCUUGGACUACUCAAAGCUUAUUUUAGCUACUGGUGGUGAAGCCAACAAAUUUCCCCUUCCCGGCCUCGAUGCCUCCAACGUUUAUUGUCUUCGUUCCCUGGCAGAUGCCACCAAGUUGGCAUCUGCAACAAACGAAUCCGGCAAGAAGAAGGACAUUGCUAUCAUUGGAAGUAGUUUUAUUGGACUCGAACUUGCCGUUGCUUUGAAGGAUCAUAAUGUUUCUGUUGUCGGAAUGGAGUCCGCACCUUUUGAAAAAAUCAUGGGCAAAGAAAUGGGUAAUGCCAUUAAAGCAUUACACGAACAGAACAAUAUCCACUUUUUCUUGGAGAAUUCCAUAAAGGAGGCCCAGAAGUCCUCAGCCGACCCUUCCAUUGUGGACAAGGUUGUUCUCAAGGAUGGCGAAAUCAUACCCGCCGAGGUUGUUGUAUUGGCAGUUGGUGUCAAACCCAAUUUGAGCUACAUAGCAGACCAUGUUCAGCUUGAAAAAGACGGAGGAGUAAAGGUAGACAAGAACUGCCGCGUCGAAGGUCUUGACGACGUGUAUGCCGUUGGUGAUAUCGCUCAUGCCCCUUAUGCAGGAUUACCUGAGAAUGGAAACACACGUAUCGAGCAUUGGGACGUUGCUGGAAAUACCGGUCGCGUUGCUGCAAAUCACAUUCUACUUGGCGAAAACGCUGAAUACACCACCAAAUCCUUUACUCCCUUCUUCUGGUCUGCACAGGGCAAGCAAAUCAGAUACUGUGGAAACAACGCCGCAGAAGGCUUUGACGAUAUCGUGGUUCAAGGAUCAGUUCCCGAUUACAAGUUUGCAAUGUUUUAUACUAAAGGAGAAAAAGUCGUUGGUGUCAGCAGCAUCAUGAAGGAUCCCACUGUUUCUCAAUGCUCUCGUCUUUUCCUUACAGGAAGCAUGCCAACCAAAUCCCAGUUGAAGGAAGGAUUUGAUGUUUGUUCCAUUGGACUGUAA